GCGUCAGAGAGUGCGCGAAAAGCGCUCGGAGUGUGCGAGUCGCGGAGAGCGCGCCACCCUCCCCCGGACUACAGGGUGCUCCGAAACAAAACAAGUUCGUUGCGUUGCGUUGCUAUUACUGCAACUUGAGCGACAACUCCGAGUUCCUUUAAUUCCGUUGUGUCCAUAUUUCGUUGUUCGUGCUCUCUCUCUCGACCGGCGACACCAGUUUAUUCAUUUGCGCUCACCAAAUCGCUUACGCGCUUCUAGAUGACAGAUUGGAUGACUGCAGUCGCUGCGAUCAACAACGAUAACAGCAAGAAAGCGCAAGAAGAUUACAAGCACGACACAAGGAAGCGUAAAUGUGACCGUAACUUUCAACGACGAUUACGUCUAAUGGUACAACAAACGCAGGAGCAGUUGUAUUCAUAAAAUCUGUCCACUUCCCAGGAUAUACGUACAUGUACCAAUUUACGUAUAGGUAUAUUUAUACAGUAUAUAUCUAUCUAUCUACAUAUAUAUGCUUUGAGAGCAUGCAUAUCUGAGCGCUUUCUAGGGAACAAGCAAAAAACAGGAAACGAAGAUCCAACAAAGAAACGGGGAAAAAGCAGUGUUGGAAAGAGAGAGCGAGACCGAAAGAGAGAAAGGGAGAAAAGAGAAUAAGCCGACGAGUGGAAAUUAGAGAAAAGUGUGUAUUGUUUAUUGUCAACGGAAAGUAUCGUCAAUAGAAGGUGUGCAUUGAGCGAUACACAGAAAGAAAGUGUGUGUGUGUGUGCGUGUGUAUAGAAAAUCAAAUCAACAAAUCGAAUUGUGCGCGUGUAUCUUCUGCGUGUGCUGGUGCGGUUCAUUUCUGUGUUUCGUGACACCAUAGUCUGGGACAGAUCAGCAAACCCGACCAACGACAAAGGAUUGUAAUCGCGCCCCGUGGACUACGUGAUUUCGUGUGAGUUUUAAUGUGUAAAAAUGUUCUUCGAAAAAAAAAGAAAAAAUUAAACAUGAUGACGACUAUGACGAUGACAACAACGACGAUGAUGACGAAAAAUGUAUCUAUCGGUUCUCGUUGAUCGGUGUAACGCCGGUGUUUGUGAGUGAGACGACAGUGAGUGCCAAUUCCCUCUUCUCUCCCCAACAAACGAAAACGAGACACGGUUUUUUCGGGCAUGUAUUGGAAUAAAGAUCACGGCCUGGUUGGUUUUCCAUUGUUGUUGUUGUUGUUCCUCCAAACGUAUGUUAAAAACGGAUACUCCAAAGCACACAAAAAGAAUACGUGAAAACGCGAGGCGACGACAACAGCUCCGACAAGCUCAAAACGAAGCCAAGCCAAUAACAGCAAAAACAAGUGCAUAAAAUAGCCCCAUAUCUCGUAUACGAAAGAGUUCAACGUUAUAACGUCGUGCGGAGCCGUUCACGCUAUUCAAGUUCAUGAAGUUAUUCACGAGUGCCCGACAAGGCUUCCCGGCCGGACUUAAAAGUGUCAAACCGGAUAUCGGACUGUCAAUACCAUACCUCAGUGUCCGUUAUGUUUCGGAGCUCGAACCUAGUUUCUUGUAAUCUCUCCGCCUGCUAUGAGGAAAAAAAGACUCAAAAUUUUGCGCAGAUCGCUUCAACUCAGGAGAAGAACCACAUCAUCACUUUUGAUAACUGCUCGGGACUAUGUGCGACACUGGCCAAGGCAACGGGCAGGCCUCGCUCGAUCUAAGCCUCCCAGUGACGAGACCACAGGCGGCGUCGAGUCCCCUACCCCUCUCUGUCAAUUUCAACCCUGCUGAGAUCAACAUGACCCCCGAGGAAGGUGUGCUGGCUAUGGGGGCGCAGCAGGACCUCGGCUUGGCAUUGACUAAAAGUUUAAGUCCUAGCCAGGCUCCGCAAAGCCAAACACAGACGCAGGCGCCAGCUGACGUCGAGUCGUUUACUGGACGUAUUGUCUACAAUCCCGAUGGAUCGGCGUUCAUCAUCGAUUCCGAGAGCUCAGAAGACUCAAGCUCAUUGCCUUUGCCGUCACAGGAAGGGGCGAUUGUUGACGGCCGGGGAUUGACACCACCUCGAGGUACCGAACUAUCCAUCCCUCAGGUGGUCAAUGCGUACCAUAUCCACAAAGCGGAGACCGGAGAUGGCACGCCAAGUGCUAGGGCCGCCGGUGGUGCCGAACGUUGCACGCCCCUUGUACACAGCUAUCGGGUAUUCAGCGUACGUGCACGUAACGGCAAAACGCGUGCUGUACAGCAGAAGGAUCAGGAACCUCCGCAAGUGAGUGGUAGUUUAGCGCAGUUCUUGCAAGAAAGCUUGCAGGACGGCGAGCAGGUGCAGCCAGCGCGGCCUAUCCUUAUGUGUUUCCUGUGCAAGCUGUCAUUCGGCUUUUCAAAGUCGUUUGUAGGCCACGCGACGAAUCAGCACGGCCUGUCAUUAGGCGAGGAUGAGGCCGCACAGCUGGAGCGACGUGCGGUAUCCGCCAUUAUCCAGGGGGUGGGAAGGGAGAAAGAGCCGAUCUUGUCCUUUCUUGAGCCCCUCAGGACCCCUCUGCCAGCCUCAACUACCUCAGGCGCCAAUAGCGCACCCUCCGAAGUUCGGCCGGAAACGCCACUAUCCGGUCCCCUUGUAAAUAGUUCCAGCCACUGUGAUACAACAAUUCAACCUUCCACAAUUCCUGCAUCGUCUUCGUCACCCAAGAGUCAAGAGCAAUUAACGUCGCCACCCAAUACUGACAACACCGUCGCGUCGAAAGCCUUUACGAGCCAAAGUCACAACACUUCGAGCACCACAACAACCAAUGCGAUUUCAAGUAAUACUACUGCUGGAAGUACGACGACAAAUGAACGUCCCAGCCAGCAGGACACAAAUAGCGGCAAUAACAGCAGCGCCAGCAGCAGCGUCAGCGUUAACGCUAGCAACCGGUCCCGAACGUCGAGUCCAACAGCGUUAUCGUUGGUUCUAUCGAUGAGAAGAAGCCCCAGUCCGCCCGAGUGCACACCUUCUAGCCCUGAAACACUGAGCGCAAAAGCGAAAGAGCUCGAAGAACUUGCCAACAUCGAGCGGGUCCAGCGGAUGGCGCAGCUCGCUGAACAGGUGAAGCGCGAAGCUGAAUCACCCAGCAGUCAGCGGCCAACCUCUGCCUGUUCAACCGGUUCAUCUCCUAGCCAUCAAGGUGGUCCUAGUAAGGGUGCCAUGGACCAGAUGGCUGCUCAACAAGCGCAGGCGCUAUUCAGCGCUAUGCUACAACAGCAGUUCGGGUUGCAGGUUUGUCCACAGCAUCCCGAGGGUAAGCCGCCGGGCACAGACUGCAAUAAGUGCGAUGCGAAUCAGGCGCGCGCGGCUCAGCUCGGCGCUGUACACAGCCAACUGCAGACUCUGCAGCAGAAUUUACAGCAGUCGCAGCUGCAGGCAGCUGCCCACAUGUCGAUGUCGCAGCUAAAUCAACUCAAUCAGUUGGCCAUGUCCGGCCAAAUGGGGCAGGUGCCAGUGGGGCAAAUGGGCCCGCAGCUCGCCUCCAGUAGUCCAGCGCCGUCGCCUCAGGUGAUGCACUCCAGGAACUCGUGCAAGACGCUCAAGUGUCCGAAGUGCAACUGGCAUUACAAAUAUCAAGAGACACUGGAGAUCCAUAUGAAGGAAAAGCACCCCGAGAAUGACAUGAGCUGCGUGUACUGCCUCACUAACCAGCCUCAUCCGCGACUCGCGCGCGGGGAAACCUACACGUGCGGUUAUAAGCCCUAUCGGUGUGAUGUGUGUAACUACAGCACCACUACGAAAGGCAACCUCUCUAUACACAUGCAGUCGGACAAGCACAUCAACAACAUCCAGGAACUCCACAAUGGCCAGCUGCAGGUGGGCGGAGCGGCUUCGGCUGCGCCAUAUGGUCAGAUGCAGUUUCCCGCGCCCCCCAAACCGACCGAGCCUGAACGGCCUAAACAGGCAAGUCCUAAGCCUAAGGCCACCUGGAGGUGUGACAUUUGCAACUACGAGACAAACGUGGCGCGUAACUUGCGUAUUCACAUGACGUCCGAGAAGCACACGCACAACCAUGCCGUGCUACAGCAGAAUAUGAAGAGCUUCCAGGCGCUACAAGCGCUCGGCGGCGGUAAUCCGGCUGGGCUGGAGCAGGCGCUCGGCGCGCUGACGCAACCUGGCACCCCCGCAGGGCCCAAUCACCCAUUAAUGGGCUUGCAUCCUGCAUUUCUACAGCAGCUACAACAGCAAGCCGGCCAGCAGGACCCCGCGGGACAAUCCCCCGAGGUGCAACUGGCCGACAUUGCCUACCAACAUGCACUGCUGGUCAUGGCACACCAGAACCAACAACAUCAGCAUCAGCAGCAGCAACAACAACAACAACAGAACCAGCACCAGAGCACCCCACAGGCGGCUCAUAAGAAUAACCCCACGCUAGACAUGGAACAUCCCGAUCCCACCCUUAGGUGCGACGUGUCGUGCGACGAAACCUCGCGAAUCUAUCAGUGCUGCGUUUGCUGUGUGUUUUCAGUGGAUAGUGUGGAGGCCUUGGGAGCCCACUUCCAAAUGGACAGGACGAGGACGAAGGAGGACGAGGUUCUAAUGGCAGUUGCUGGCAGUUAUAUCUGCAAGCUCUGCUCGUACAAGACGAACCUUCGGGCCAAUUUCCAGCUCCACUGUAAAACGGACAAGCAUCUGCAGCGCCUUCAACACGUCAAUCACGUUAAGGAGGGCGGCCAACGAAACGAGUGGAAGCUCAAGUACGUCAACAUAUCGAACCCGGUUCAGGUGCGCUGCAACGCCUGUGACUACUACACCAACUCCGUACAUAAGCUCCAGCUGCACGCGGCCAGCCCGCGUCACCAAAUGUGCCAGCGAGCAUUCAAUCGUCUGGUGCAGCUGGAGGCCGCCCACCAGCCUCAGGCUCAGCAGCAACAAGUCCUGCAGUACAGCUGCAAGCUUUGCGAGUUCGUUACCGCUAAGAGGUCGCAACUCAUCGAACACACCGGAGGAGCCGACCAUAUCAUGAAGGCGCAGGCCGAACCCUGUGACAUCUUGGACUCACUCCUUGUCACCGUUAAGAAUCAGGGCGCUGCUACAUCCGACUCCUCGAGGGCGACAGACGCGCGUCACUGCAGUCUGUGCAGCUUCGUGUGCGAUUCGGACGACGCCUUCCGGGAGCACUUGGCUUCCCAUCCCGAACUCAAGGACCGAGCAAAGUCGGAGGAAAGCAAGGCCGACACCGAUAAGGACUCCGGCAACGACUCGGAGCUUAGUCGCAAGAAGGACCUGGACACCUCCGGCAGCAGCUCGGGCUGUGUGCAAUGCCCACUGUGCCAGGAUGAGUUCCCGGAUCUUGAGAUGAUUGGCCAGCAUUUGCUGGCAGUGCACAACGUCACCAAAGAGGGUUUGCAGAGGCUGCUUGCGAUCGUGCAGGCUACCGGCGAAGCGCGGUCGGCAAAACGGCCGCGACUCGAUUCCGGCACAGAGACUGAAGGAACGGAGGAAAAGAUGGACACUGAUGAGAAGCUAGCCGAAAAAGACGAAGCGGACGACAAGCCCGACAAGACCGACCCUGAAGACCUAACCUGCAAGAAGUGUGGCGAGCAGUUCCAAAACCUCGACAAUGUCCUCAACCACCUGCAGGACCUGCCCGAGCAUUUCGAAGAGGCCGGUUCUUUCCAGUGCUGGAAGACCGGCUGCGACGCCUCAUUCGGCGCUGCACCCGAUCUCAGAAAUCACUUUAAAAGUCACUUCCUUACGGUUAUAUCAGAUCUCACAGUGUCGGAGAGGCACGUCUACAAGUACCGAUGCAACCAAUGUUCGCUCGCUUUCAAAACUAUGGAAAAGCUACAGCUGCACUCACAGUACCACGCGAUCCGUCAGGCGACGAGUUGCGUCAUCUGCGGAAGAAAUUUCAGGUCGGUUCAGGCUGUCCAGAAACAUGUCGAAAGCACUCACUCGUCGAUGAGUCCCGAGGAUAGGGGGAAAUACCAGGAGUACCUGGCGAAGAACCCGUUCCUUAACAAGGAGGGAGGCUCAGGAGUGCUCGAUCCAGUGCUCAACGAGAUGCUCAAGAAGGAGAGCCUCCGUGAUGCUGAUGACGAAAUGCUUCCGGCUGAAAACGAUGACCCGGAGCUUCAGCCAGAAGAGCUAGAUGACGAAGAGCAGCCUGUUGACAGCACGUUCAAAGACGACUACAUGAACCAGUCUCGGCGCGCGGAGGACGCCUACAACGAUCCCAACCGCAAGUACAAGUGCCAUCGAUGCCGGGUGGCUUUCACCAAGCAAUCGUACCUGACGGAGCACCAUAAAAGCGCGGGCCACCGCGCCAAAGCGGGACCCGUCGUCGACAAGUACAACGACCCCUCUCGACCGUACAGGUGCGAUAUUUGCAAAGAAAGCUUCACCCAGAAGAGUAUCCUUCAAGGGCACUAUAACUCGGUUAGCCACCAACACAAACUCAAGCAGAUCACUCAGCCCUUGGGUGGCACAUGUGCAAAUAGUGUCCAAAACUCAGUUGGAGCCGGUCAUCUUGGCUCAAAAGACGGUGCUGGCACUCCACCCGCUCCCGGCACGCCCUCAGGCCAGGUUUCGCCCAGCAGAAGCUCUCCGUCGCCGGCCACCCUGGCCAACAACAACAACAUCAUCGAAGAGUCCGGUAAGCCGUUCAAAUGCAACUUAUGCAAGGUUAGCUACGGCCAGAAUGCCACACUCGAAAUCCACCUCCGCUCCGUUCUUCAUCAGAGCCGGGCGGCGAAAAUCCACGAGCUGGCCCUGCAAGGACAGCUGGAUCUUCAGCUCCCGCUGAUCGAACGGCCUGACGACGACGAACAGGCAUCUGCCGAUCAGGUGGCGCUGCAGAACUUCCAGCAGAUUGCCCAAAACCUGCAUAACAUACAAAGUCUAGCGCAAAGCAUCCAGGGUGUGGGUCAUUCGCAGAAUGCAGCCGACAAGGAAAGAGAGCUUCUACAGCAGCUCCUGAACCAUCUGGGCGGACAGCAUACCGGAGCGCAACAGUGUCAAGCUUGUAACCAGUCCUUUCCAAAUACCGAUGCACUUAACCAGCAUCAAAUGUUCUGUCCGAUGACGAAUGCCGCUGCAAUAUUGCAGAAACAAGCACAGCAACACCAGCAGAAUGCAGCGGUUCAACAGCUUCUAACCGCGUUAACAUCUGGGGAUGUCAGCCCAGUCAAGCUCCCCAAAGGCAUGCAGCCGGCACCCGUCAACCAGCAGCAGCAGCAGCAACAACAACAACAGCAGCAGCAGCAGCAAGCAAAUACUCCACAAAAUCUUCUACAAAACCAAUUCAAUCAGAAUUUCGGCGUCGGCGGCAGCAUUAAUGCUAGUGGCAAAAAGCCGCCCAUGUACAAGCAUUUACUCGAGUCAUUUGGUUUCGACGUGGUCAUGCAAUAUAACGAGUUCAACCAGAAAGUGAAACGUCCGGACGACAACAAUAGCAGCAGCAAUAACAGAGACGACAACAAGAGGGAGGGCGAUGACACGUCGGCGGCGCUAAUAAUGAUCAAUGAGGCAAAAGACAGCGCCUCCGAUGACGGGGACUUGUCUGCGGCCAAAAGCGCAGACAGUAACGCUCAGGAAAACGGGGCCGUGGUGCAGAUUAAGCUGGAGGCCGACGGGGCGCCGCAGGAGACCCUGGACGCUAAGGAUAAGGAGGAGAAGGAUAAAGACAGUGACCAGAAGACGCCCCCCGAGCUCCAGGAUGUAGCGAAGGAUUCUGACAAGCCGGCAAAUGUCUCCGGAAAGCUCGAUCUACCUGAGCUCAACCGAUGCCGCUGCCCGGAGUGCGGCAAGGAAUUCUCGAGCGUUUGGGUAUUGAAGGCACACCGCGAGGAAGUCCACAAAGACGUGGUGCCUGUAGAAGUUGUCUCCAAAGUCGCGGAAAAGUUUAGGAACGACUUCGAGAACAAGACCACUCCCACUCCUGGGUCCGGCAACCACUCCGGAGCCGUCGGGACAACAGCAGCAGCUAUUACAGCCGCAGUAACAGCAGCAGGAAAUUGCAGCAACAACCAGGUACAGGCGACAGCAGCAGCAGGCACUAACGGACCUACGGGCCCCAGCGCGAGCUCCGGCAGCCUCGGCGGUUCCGGACAGGGUAGCGCCUCGUCGGGCUCCGACGUCAAACAGGAGCCGUCCGAGAGCGUCGUCCCGGAAGAGGCGAAGGUGCAUACGCAGGCGACGAAGGCUGCACGGCGUUCUAGCGCCGCCACUGCCAACAACAGCGGCAGCAGUAGCAGCAUUAGCGCCUCAAACGCCUCUGCGGAAGCGCCGAACAAGUGCGGAAGUGCGGACUCGGCCCAGUCACAGCCACAAGCGAAAAAGCCUUCAUUACCCAAAAGCGGACCGCAGAGCCAGAACCACGACGGCACCCGAAGCGACCAGCAGAGCGCCGAGCAGCUCGCCCAGGCAGCCCAGUUGCAGAUGUUAAUGCAGAUGGGCUUGAUGGGCCUCCCGCCUCAACUUGCCACAGCCCUCCCCCAGCAGCUGCAGCAACUUCAACAACUCGGCCAGUUGCCGCCCAUGCAUCCCCUCUCAAUGAUGAUGAUGAACAUAAACCCCCUGAACCCCCUGACAGCCGCUGCCGCAGCGGCCAAUCCCAUGCAACAGGUAGAUCCCAUUUUAGCAGCCGCGGCCAUCCAGCAUGCUAUGAUGACCGGGCAGGAUCCAGCGGCGCUCUUAGCCGCCCAGCAGAAAGCCAUGCAACAGCAGAUGGCUGCCGCUACGGCUGCCGGUGCCGACCAGACCGUCUUAGCGGCUCAAAAGAACCUCUUCCAACAGCAGUUGAUGCAACUGCAGUUGGCCGCUGCCGCCGCGCAGAACGCGGCUGGCGCUGCUGCUGCCACAGGCGCCGGACCCGCGGCGGGUGACCAGGCCGCCGCUAACGCAAUGGCUAAACAGCAACAACAGUUGCUUCAACAGGUGUUCGGCCAAAUGGGACAGGCGCCUGAUCCGCUGGCGCAUCAAAAGCUGCUGCAACAGCAGCUCACGCUACAACAACAACAACAACAACAACAGGCGCAGCAGGCUGCGGCACAACAGCAGCAACAACAGCAGCAGCAGCAGCAACAACAACAACAGCAACAGCAGCAGCAGCAGAAACGAGCGCGUACUCGGAUCACCGACGAUCAACUAAAGAUCCUGCGCGCCUACUUCGACAUCAAUAACUCCCCGACCGAAGAGGCUCUCCUUGAGAUGUCGGAGAAGUCUGGACUGCCACUUAAGGUAAUCAAACACUGGUUCCGCAACACCCUGUUCAAGGAGCGCCAACGAAACAAGGACUCUCCCUACAACUUCAACAAUCCCCCGUCUACCUACCUGAACCUAGAAGAGUAUGAGAAGACUGGGGAGGCAAAGGUUAUCCCCAUCUCGGAAGUGUGCAGUUCCGGGGCCGGCGACGUCAAGCCGUUGGCGAUUACCACAACCUCGGCGACAGCAGCAGCGUCGAGUCAAUCUGUCUGCUUGACUAGCGACAGCACGGUAGCUGCGGUGGCAGUGGCAGCCGCAGGCGCGGUCGGCGAAAACAAAAAACAACAACUUGCCCCAUCUCCUGCCCCAUCUCCCGCACUUAAACAGCCCCCUACACCUCAGCCCUCACCCUCGCCGGCGCCCCCCACGCCGCCCGUGCAAGUGAUCAAACUCGAGACACCCGCCACACCUAGCGCGCCCAGUACGCCGAAACCGUCAAAGCCCGGUAGUACCAGUGUUAACAAAGAGACCACAACCACUGCCCAACAACAACAACAGCAACAGCAGCAACAACAACAGCAACAGCAACAACAACAGCAGCAGCAGCAGCAGCAGCAACAACAACAACAACAACAAGCUGCGAAUGCAAUGGCUAUUCAACAGCAUGUGCUUAUGAUGGCUAUGUUGAUGGGCGAGGGCGGCGGAAAGGAGGCAAGCGAGGGGAUUCAGGAGCUAGUGAAGACCCACGAGCGGCUGCUCCAGGCGAAACCUGAGUUGCUCAGCAAUCCCGACCUGCUUCAGGAGACGCUGUUGAAAGAGAUGCAAGUGCAGGCUCAAGCCCAAGCGCUUGGAGCCGCUGCUUCACCGACAGCUCUGCUGCAAGCCAACCUGGCGGCAGCCCCGCCCUCUGCUCCAACGCCGCCCAGCGGAAAACGCGCCAACAGAACUCGCUUCACGGAUUAUCAGAUCAAGGUUUUGCAGGAAUUCUUCGAAUCCAAUGCCUACCCGAAAGACGAUGAUUUGGAGUAUUUGUCGAAACUACUUAAUCUCAGUCCGCGCGUGAUCGUGGUGUGGUUCCAAAAUGCCAGGCAGAAGGCGAGGAAGGUCUACGAAAACCAGCCGCAGACCUCCGAAGAUGAAAGCGGACGAUUUCAGAGGACCCCCGGCCUAAACUAUCAGUGCAAGAAGUGCCACCAGGUGUUUCAGCGCUACUACGAGCUUAUCAAGCAUCAGAGGAACUCAUGCUUCAAGGACGAGAAUCCGAUCGCCCUGCAACUGAAGUCCGCGCAGGAGCAGCAGUCGUCCCAGCCGGAUCGCCCGGAGAGCAGCGUCGGCAGCAGUCAGACGCCCCCAGAUACUCCAGAGCCUUCUGGCACUCCCAAAAGCACGGCGUCCUCUGGGGCCAACCUUAGCUCGGAGCGCGCCCUGGCGGUAGCCCUACCUGCUGCACUGGCUAUUCAAGUAGCCCAGGCGCAGGCUCAACAACAACAACAGCAACAACAACAAUCCCAGACGUCGGGCGUCCAACCCCCCUCGCUUAAUGCUCUAACCCCUCUGGCCCAGAGCCCUCUUGGUCCCGCCUUAUCCCCUACGGGUACACCCUCAGCUCCCUCAGCCGCAGCAGUGUCUGUUGGCGCGGGAACCUUUCGUUGUGACAAGUGUCCCUUGGUAUUCUCACGGUUCGAGCAAUGGCGUGAACAUCAGGUCAUACACGUGAUGAACCCUAACCUGUUCACCGGCACGCCUUCCUCAGCCCAACAGCCCCAAACUCCCAAAAGCACUAUAGCGAACCCGAUAGCGACCGCUCAAAAUUUGGCCUUUCCGGGAAUGAUGGAGGAAGGUAGUAAUGGACAAUGGAAACGAAAACCAGAUUCAGCCAGCACUGACGAGGAGUGCUCUCCAAGCAAGGACGCCAGCGGAGAUGGUUCUCCAAGGGACAAACGACUGCGUACGACCAUCCUUCCGGAGCAACUCGACUUCCUCUACCAGAAGUACCAGCAAGAGUCGAACCCCAGUCGGAAGAUGCUGGAAUCUAUCGCGCGAGAUGUCGGGCUCAAGAAGCGAGUGGUGCAGGUUUGGUUCCAGAACACCCGGGCCCGCGAACGCAAAGGCCAGUUUCGCGCCCACCAACAAGCUAUCCACAAGCGCUGCCCCUUCUGCCGGGCCCUGUUCAAGGCCCGCAGCGCGCUAGAAUCGCAUCUCGCGACUCGGCACGCCGAUCUCUACUCCAAAGGUGAGCUGAACAUCGACGCCUUUCCUGAUGGUGACGCAGAUAAUUCGAACCCUGACGAGGUCCCGAACCCUUCAUUUGCUGUUGAGGAAAGCAAGCAUAACGUUGAAGAGUUCAAACGGUUCCUUGAGGAACUCAAUGGUCCCACGGACCUGAGUGCUAAGAAGCAAGGUGUUGAUAUGCCGUUGUCGACUCUGAUGACAACGACGACGACCACGCCGUUGGACCUCAGCGGGCCUGAUGAGCCCCACGCGAAACCGCGAAUGGGUCUGGCCCGCGUUGAGUCCGACUCUGAAGACACUCAGGAUCAGUACCAGAACGACGGUAACGACUUAAACAUGUCCGAGAAUGGUGACUCGGUGGUCUACUACGAGCAGCAGACCUCGCCUGGCUCGACCGAGGGUCGACCCGCCGCUCCCGGUGGUCAGGCCAAACGCUUCCGCACGCAAAUGAGCUCGGUGCAGAUUCGGAUUAUGAAGAGUAUUUUUCACGACUAUAAGACGCCCACGAUGGCCGAGUGCGAGAGUCUGGGCGCCCAGAUCGGACUGCCCAAACGGGUAAUCCAGGUCUGGUUCCAGAACGCCCGCGCCAAGGAGAAGAAGACCAAGGCGGCCGCUCUCAAGAUGGGCCAGGUGCCCGAGCUCGAGCCUGCCCGGCCGGAACAAUGUGACAUCUGCAACACCCGCUACGAGUCAUUUUCCAGCUCAUUACAGGACCACCUUUUCUCGCCGAGCCAUAUCAGCCAGAUUCGGGCGUAUCUCGAGCUCAACAAGGACGAGCCCGAACAGUCGCAGCAGGCCGGAGGCGGCCAUAGCUCGGGGCCGCCCCUUCCGAUCUCGGGCCAACAACACGGCCCCAGCUCCGGAGCGGGCGGCGAUCAGGCCAGCUCGGCGUUCGGCCCCGAGCACAGCCAGCUCGUGCAACAGCUGCAGCUACUGAGUCAGCUCAAUCUGCAACAAGAACAACAGCAGCAGCAGCAGCAGCAGCAACAGGCGUCGCUGGAAGACAGCGUGGAUGUCACGUCAGGGAAAUCGACAGGCGAUACUAACUGCAACAACAAUCCUGCUUCCAAUGAUGAUUUCAGCCUGUUCACCUCUUCAGGCGCAGGGGGCGUCAACGGUGGCCAGAAUCAAUUCAGCGCAUUUUUCGGUGCGCAGAGCCCUGGGGCGCCCCUUUUCAGUUCUGCGAGCCGCCAGUGAAAAAUUGUGUCGUCACCGUCAUCGAUGAAACAAGGAGAGUUUACGAAGAUACGAACAACGCCAAUAGACGAAUUAAUAAUAUAAUAAUAUAGUACUGCUUGAAGAAGAACGAUAAACUGAUAUUGACUAUUAUAAGCGACCGGCCAAGGAACACUAUUAUGAAAACAAGGGACUGCUAUAAAAACUUUCAGUCCAGUUGGAGUACUAUGAAAACGGCGAGCAAGUGAAGACCGGUCUGCUGGACCAUCAACUAAUGGACGGACGGCCUUACGCUUUUAGCAAAAAGAACGAAUUGGGUGUGAAGAACUGUGGACUAUUUGUAAGUGUGAUCAAACAACAACAGCUGCUACGAGGACGACAACAACAGCAACAACAAUGAGACCAUCGAGAACAUCAAGCAAGAAUAAGACUUGUCUUUGCUAAUACUACAACAACAACAGCGACAAAUGCAAGUUUAGUAUAGGGAAGGAAAGCUACAGCAAGUAAAUAAGCGGGUGACUAACUAUCGGAGACUGCCUCGAAAGCGUGAUGUGUCGCGAACCGACAGCUCUCCGCUGAUUCGGCAUCCAAGCCGGUGACCACGAACGACAUGAGCGUGAUCAAAGAACGCAUGUAGGGUUUACGAAGAAGACAUGAGUGGUUUCACAAUAAUUACUAUACACUUCUCUUUAUAAUAAAUACAUAUACACACGGAGAUAUUAUUUCUAUACAGAAAAUACCAAUCAGAUGUUCUAACUAAUGGCCCUGAUCCAACCACAGCAAACGCAGAAAGAGAUAAGGGGCCACGACGGAAGCUGGGAGAAAAGCAGAAUUAAUAUAAAUAACGUGCGCGCGUUUAUUAAUCGCCUGAUGAAAGAAGGAUGAAAAAUGCAAAUAGGCAUCGAUUCAGGCAAUCCAAAGCAAGCCUGUGAGCCUGGCUUAUUCGGCAAAGCCGAGUCGUAUACCUAACCCCUAUAUAUAUAUAUAUAUAUAUAUAUAUAUAUAUAUAUAUAUAUAUAUCAUAUCACGCCCCACUCAACGUCAACAUGCGAAUCGCAUGAAACGCCGACGCGGGCCACCUGCGUAACCUGUGAAUAAUGAAAACAAAAACAGACAACGACGACGACGACGACGACGACGACGACGACGACGACGACUGUGAAGAAACGAUGGAGAAUGGCAGAGAGAGAGAAAACCAACAUCAGCAGACGAUACAGUCGUAAGGUCAUCGUAAGACACAGGAAACAACAUAAUCUGUGAAGACUGAUGAAGCCGAUGGUGGAGACGACGACAUAGACGAAAAAUUGCAGGAAGUGAAUAAGACCAAGUGACAAAAAAAAGAUAUACGUUAAGAGCACUAGCCACACCUGAUGAGGGCGGCCCUCGUCUAAUCAUAAAUGAAAAUAAGCAAUGAGAACGGCGAUAAUGCGCCGACCUCGGACGGUGGGUUAGCACGCUCGAGUGUAUAUAUGCUAAAUAAUGCUGCUAAUAACAAUGAGGUGGUAAUAUUAAUUAUAAUAAGGGUAAUUAUUAAUAAUAAGAAUCGGAGUUAUACGACAAUGCUAAUGACAUAAUAUUAAACAAUGACGAUGACAUAGACGACGCAAAAAACAAGGGUGUGUGACCACGCAUCCAUUAGGGUAACUCUCCAGUGUUCCUCAUAUAUAUAAUAUUGUAUAAUCCACUACAAAACCGACACACUUGCUGCAGACAGAUAGAUAGAAUUAAUAAAAAUAAUCGUUCAAGUGGACUGCAACGAGAUAAUAACAACUACAACAACAAUACUAAUAAUAACAAUAUUGAUAAUUAUAAAAACAACAAUUAUUAUAAUGAGACAAAGGGGACGCUGAUAGCAUGAUCCUAUGAUAUAUAUAUAUAUAUAUAUCCUGUAAACGAUGCGCAACAAAAUAAGCAAGAUAAUAAGAAAGAAAAAGAAGAACGAAAGAAAUACAGGCAUAAACGAAAACAGGUUAUAUAGAUACAUGGAGAGGACGAGUGAAUGGAAAUGUCAAGGGAAGACAAUAACCGAUAUUGUAGAAAAGAUGUGCAAUUUUUUCAUUGUCCGAGCGGCCUCCCGUGCCGUCUCGUUUGAUGUCUGUUUGGGCUGCUGAAAAUAGAAAACGAUGAGAAAUCUGCCGAAAAAGCGAUAAUAAUUAAUAAUAAUAAACCAGUGCAGAAGGCAAACAGCGAGUGAGGUAAGCCGUUGACCAGCGGAAGCGGCUCUAAAAGGCGCUCUCGCUGCAUAGUUACCGCAAGUACCAGUUACUCGAACUGUUAUCAGGUUGUCCAAUUUCAUCUUGCUACUAUUCAUAUGGGAUACUUUGCUAUGGGUUGGGUAGCUGUAGAUGGCAGUGGUGGUGCAUUACGGUCGUUGUGCUGGCGAUGGACGCGAGCGAAGUUACCGCGCGGCACGGUCGUACCAGGGCCCGACUAAAUGCUUCGAAAGGCCGCCGUUCCAUGUUGGGAGUGGCCGUCCACAAAAUACGAAAGUUCCUAUCUUUGGUGUGUCAUUUGAUAACGACGAAGAUGACGACGAUAACGAUGAUCAUGGUGAAGCUAACUUGCUGCUAAAGUAAAUAAUUGCAAAGGCGAUAUUGAUAAUGAAACGCUAAAAAUGAUGCAGAAACUUCUGUAAAACUCAGAAAGAUAACACGGCUAGGAGAGACAGUCGCGAUAAUACUAGGUUGAGGGGAUUGAAUCGAAUCUAUAACUAAUAGCAAAAACUGAAAUCAAUCGAUGAUUACGCAUGUUGAGAGAUAUUUAAUUUUUUUUCCUGGAUCUAAGUGAGCAGCGAUGAUAAUUCAUGCUCCCUUCAGGAUUGCUUGUGUUCUUCUAUUUCUAAGGAUUCUGCUCAUCCUCUCAUUGAUGGCCGUACACAACUGUAUGUCCUUUAACGACAGACUGAUUUAUUGGUUGCUUGAUUGACUGACAACGGACCUCCGGCGGGCGCAAUGCCCUUGCGGAUCAUACGUGCAUGAAAGAUGCAAAAACCUUUUCCCGAACACCAGAAAGUGGCUAUAGAAGGAUGAAGACACACACAGAGAGUUGCCAGACGCACACACGACACGCUUUCGCUUUCUGGGGUUGCGUUAACGGUCGGGUCGUCUGAACUAUUCUAGUACACCUCUAUAUAUAUAUAUAUAUACCCUGUUGUAUGCGGGCGGCAGAUUUGAGCUAUUUUUUUUUUUAGCUCUCCGCGAUCUCUCCCUAAGAAAAAGAUUUUUUGCUUAUUUUUCUGUCUGCGCGUCGCCUUUGCAAACAAUGCGGCAGAAGACAUUAUUGCAAUUGAACAUUACUAGUAUAUUGGCGCCGCUCAUGGGAUCACACAGCUUGGAACAACAUGUCGAAAUUCAUCCUCUUCUCGCGAUUCAGUCACAGACUGCUACCUUGUUGUGCUAUGCACUGCGGAAGCCUGCAAAUAAGCGAAUUAUAAGCACAACGCUGAGCUAACCAACAAAAGCGAAAGAAGGGCUCAGGCGAUAACGUAUGUACAUAUAUAAACAUAAAAACUGAAGGUGCAGAAAAAUUAAAAACGUGAAGCAAUGAAAGGAUAUGGUAGCGACACCACACAUUGUACGUCGACGCUGUUCCUGUAAGGAUGGCCAUGCGUGACAACGGAGAAUCGCCGAAAAACUAGAGAGAAACAGAGCGACAAUAAUUAAAAACAAUAGGGAAAAAAUAGAAGUUUUGGCCUGGGAGAGAAAAAGAAAAUGCUAAGGGGAAAAUCCCAACAAAAUUUCUGUUCUUGCUUCGUUCCGAAAAAAAAAAAACAGUUUUGUCGUCUGCAAACGGCUAUUUAUUCCAUAUGAUUUUGGUGUCAUUUUUUUAAUAACCGGUGUGUAGGUUCAUGUGGUCUUUGUGUAAUUUCGUGUCGUUAUAUUUGUAUCUUCUGUUAUGUCCGCCUUUAAAACUUGUAAAAUAAUAUUACAAUGCAUUAUUACUGAAAAAAUAAGCAUAUAUAGCCACUACAUUUAUAUACAUACCAGCGGUUUUUUGAAGCCACCUAACAAAAAAAUCGAUGGAAAUGUUCUAAUUAUUCGAGGCAACAGCUCUCUAGGAAUCAGCCUUUCUGGCAAUUCAGAAAAGGGGUGGCUGCAAUCGACGACGUUUUGUUACCUUUGUGUAUAUAUACCAUUACAAUUAUGAUCAUUCUUCAUUAAUUUAUGGAAGACAAACAAGCCGUGGUCCUUUAAUAAUGAAUAUAUGAUACUGAUUUGCGCAGAACUGUGGACCCGAACAGGGAACAGUAAAAAACGAUUAUACCAAGAACAGUAGCAUUCGAGAUUCUGUGUAUGGUAAUAACAAUAAUGAUCUAUGGUAAUUAGUACGGAACCUAAUAUUAGCAAAAGAGAAUAAGGAUGAUUACCUAUAUAUAUAUAUAUAUAUAUAUAUAUAUAUAUAGGGGAAAAAAGGACUGACGAAGAAUUAGAAUGUGGGCAUGUGAGUGUGUGUAUGUGUGUGCGCGCGCGCAUUAAAAAUGGUGAACGGAUCGCUGUGUGAAAGACAAAGACGUAAAGAGAGAAAAAACAGGACGAAUGCGGAUUGUCCUUUUGUGGCAAGAUACAUAAUGGUAAAUAUACUAGGCUAGGUGUAAUUUAUUAUUUGUCAAAAAGAAAAUCAAAUCGAACAGAUGCCGUCUGAUGCAGAAGAGUGGCAAUGUUUGUCACACUUUAUGGCCGCAGCGCAUCGGGAGGCGCGUGAGGUUCGUCCUAGAGUGGUAGGGCCGCCACGUGUCUCGAUGCGUUUACAGAGGCGGUGAUGAACCUAACAUAAGUAUGCAGCACAAUAAGCUAAGCAAGAAAGUACGAUGACGAAGAUGACGAGGACGACAAUAAGAAUGACGAUUACGAGAACUAAACUAACUAUAUAGAAAAAUGCAGAUAUAUUGAAGAGCAUUGGUCGAGUGUUCCUAGGUAGCGAGAGGCAGGAGAUCACAGGAUAGCGCGAAAAAAAAAAGGUAACGCUUUACGGUGAGAUAUCGGAAGGAUGACGAAUUCUCCUGUAGGCAUCGAGCUGAUAACGUUCUGAUGUUACAUUGAAAUGACGCCGAAGCAGUGGUAAAGUGAUCACAAGGAAAUUGGCCGAAUUGCGGUAAACAACUAACCAACAGUUGAGAUACGGAGUUUUUCCACUUCAAAACUGGGCUCAUGAACGAUGUCGAGAAUGACAAUUGUGGCAGCAAUUGUAAGAAGAUGAGGUAGAAGGAUGCAUCAGAAGCGAAAAUAGUAUCAGAGAGCUGAAAAAGACACUGGGAAGGACAUUGAGGAUGGUUGGUAUUUAAUCAACUACUAUUAACGCAAUCAGGACGUAGUGCGAAGAGACACAGGGAAACGGGCAGAUGGCGACGAUUUGAUGAAAGCAAACUAUGAAGGAAGCGACAGAAGGUACGAGAGUGCGCAAGCGAAGUGACGCAAAAGUACACGAUAACUAAUUACCACACGAACUGGCUGCUUGCAAAACGCGAAUGAUUGUGUUCAUUGUAAAUUGUUGGUGGAUAAUUAUUAAGUAAUAAUAAUAAUAAUAAUAAUAAUAAUAACGACAACAAACAACAACAAACCAAAUAAGUAAA